AUGGCGGAACUUAAGGCAACUCAUGAGAACACUGUACCAGAGCAGAACAUGGCGUCAAAUAAAAAACAAGAGGAAGGAAACACGCUUCAGCAGAAGGCAGAGGUUUUGCUCUCACAAAGGGAUGCCGUUGCCCAGCACCAACUGCAAGCAUAUUCUGUCUUCAGCAAAAAAGAAAAAUAUAUCGCGGUAUUUUUUAUUACCAUCACCGCGAUGUUUUCUCCAUUAUCAUCGUUCAUUUUUUUUCCCGCCAUAAAUGCCCUGUCGGAUUCUCUGAAAGUGUCUGUGGAAAAGAUAAAUCUCACCAUCACCUCCUACAUGAUAGUUGCUGGCCUCGCGCCGGCAAUUGUGGGCGAUAUGGCGGACAUAACUGGGCGACGAAAUGUUUACUUGCUCACUUUAUUCAUUUAUGUUAUUGCAAAUAUAGGCUUAGCGGUGCAAAACAGUUGGAUAGCGCUGUUCUUGCUGAGGAUGAUGCAAAGUGCUGGUGGCGCUGCGACCAUUGCAAUGGGAUACGGGGUAAUUUCUGAUAUUGCUGCACCAUCCGAGCGCGGCGGCUAUGUUGGCGUGGUACUUUUAGGGCCAAACCUUGUAUGUGCCAUUGGCCCUAUUAUUGGAGGAGCCUUGGUUGAAGCUCCUGGGUGGCGCUGGAUAUUCUGGAUUCCUGCUAUAGCCGCGGGCAUCUGCCUCUUGUGCAUUGCUCUUUUCCUACCCGAAACAGCUCGCAGUAUUGUCGGCAAUGGGUCGCGAAAGGUCUCUACGCUGUACCGCCCUAUUGUUAGUUACGGUCUAUCGAGAGCACCCACCGAUGUAACUGCAGGGAAUGAGGAAGACGUAGCGCCACGAAAAUUCCGGAUCCCGAAUCCUCUUGCGAGCCUAAAGGUACUUGCAUCCAGGAGUAGUAUCCUUAUUACUGGAAUCAAUGGUAUCUAUUACAUGGACUUCAGUUGUCUUCAAGGAUCCAUGUCAACUCUUUUUAUUGACAUAUAUAAACUGUCUGAGCUGAAGGUGGGACUAGUGUAUGUACCGUUCGGAAUAGGGUCAUGCGUUGGUGCAUACUGCUCAGGGAAAGUAAUGAACCGUGACUACCGUCUCACGGCCCGCGCCCACAACCUGGUUAUAGACAUAAGGCGCGGCGACGACCUUAGUCUUUUCCCUAUCGAAAAAGCCCGAUUUAGAAGUAUAUGGUAUUCGAUGUGCGCCACGGGAAUUUGCACCACUGGUUAUGGAUGGGCAUUGCAGACCCGCUCUCAUAUGGCAAUUCCCCUCGUUCUGCAAUUCAUAAUAGGGUUUGCAACAGCAAUGACUUUCAAUACUAAACUGUGGAUUUUCGCAUUAGUGUUGCAAUACUCUUCUCACAGACCUCAACCCCAAGUCCCCAGCUACGGCGCAGGCCGCGAACAAUAUUGUCCGUUGUUCACUUGCCGGUGCAGGACUUGCCUUCUUGCAAGUUUCUUUGGAUGCAAUGGGAGCAGGUUGGACAUUCACCUUAUUGGGUGGACUAUGCAUGGGCUCCCUGAGCCUGGCAUGGUUGGAGUGGAGGUAUGGGAUGACUUGGAGGCUCAAGUAGGUCUAGAGGCUGGAAUUAGUUUGAUUCCAAGUUCCCACUUUAUAUCCAUCUCCAAUGAGCACGGAAAAGAGCUUUGGAGGGCCUCCUAUCCGCUCAGGAGGCAACUUAGCUAG